AGUCCUCAUCAGUGUGAUAGGCCCUUCAGCCGUGGGGUGGGAAUUAAGGAGUCAUCGACCCCCUCCCCCCUCCGCGCGGUAUUUGGAAAGUUUCAUGGCGUUGUAGAUAGCAAGUUAGACAGCUGCUAGCAUAAAAACAUCAGAUAGUAGAUAACUGGCACCGACGUGUUUUAACAAAUGUCAAACUUUAUUUUACUGCACCUUUGUCACUAGCGUUGUUCAAGAUGAAAGUUGAGUGUGGUCAGAGCAGUGACGGAACACGUUUUAUUUGCCCUGGUGAAGGAGGGGUCGACUGUGCUGAAAAUGCUGAAGGAAACGAAGAAGGAAUGUCAGAAAUUAUUGUCCAACUUGACGACGAACUACCUCCCUCAAGCCCAGAAACUUUCUCUAGUCCAGAAACCGACAUAUUUUUAUUUGCGCCUGUUUCAGAUUUUGAAGAGGACGGAGCUAACUGCGAUUCGGAUUCUUCCAGUGUCCCAGCUGGUAACGUUAAACAACAGUCGUCGAUUAACUUGAACGUUAGGAAGAUCAAGUUGGAAGGAUGUGCGGAGAAAAAUGGGGUCGUUCCCAGGAGGACUGAUCGAAAACCAAGGCGUAAGAAAACAAGCAGUCCUGUACCCAAGCACAAUAGUUCACUGUCCACAAAUGGCCAGCCAAAGCGACGAGGGACAAAGAAGUCACUGGUAAAGAUUCAACCAUGUAAAUCGGGCCAGGCUGAGCAAGACCGUAUGUCGGGGGAGACAGCAGGCUGGAUCCCAGCUCCCUACACCAAGCAAGAAACUGCCAUCAGCCCACAAGCAGCCAUGGAGCCACCAGGCUUCCCAUCUCUUCAAGGAAAGAUGGAGGAACCAUUCUGUGAAAAGAAGGACAACAUUUUGCUGGAAGUGUUGAAAUAUUGCCAGACGUUGUGCACAGUUGUACAGAGGCUUGAACAGAAGAUUGAUAGCCUUCAAGCAGAUUGCUCCCAGCUGUAUCUCCACAUCAACAGGGAAGACUCAAAGAAGGAAUGGCAUUCAGCAAUUCAGAGACCUGUGUUUAAGGGUGCUGAUCUACAGUUCCAUGCUCCCACUCUCAGUCUAAGACCGCCAGACAAGCCACACGCUUCGUCAUUUUUGGGGAGAGACGAGCCGCCUUGGGGAUGUGUACAGCAAAACAAAGUAAACGCCCAGUGUCAACUUCCAAGCAACGGAAAUACUUUUACAUGUGGUCCAAACAGUCUUGACUCAUCUCAACCUGAAGCCUACUUUGGGGAAGCCGACAAAGCUAGUGCAGGCAAAAUUGCAGGAAGAGGAAGAGGCCAGGGUAGAGGUAGGCGUCAAGGUGCCAGCAGGAAGAAGGAUCCAGCUCUUCAGAAAGUGCCUCCUCUAAGGGCCAACCAACCCAAACGCAGAGUGUCCUUGCCUGUCUCUGCUGAUGAGGGACUGUGUGCCAGCAAAGUAGCCAAGAUUCUCUCUGAGCUACAGGGGAGGCGAUCGGCACCAGGGGGCUCGGUGGAGGAGUGCUGUGAGGCCACUAAAAACAACAGUGUCUCUAAUGACAAAGAGCAACAUGUGAUGAUUGGAAGUGCCUUCAGGAAGGUGUGGAUCCCAUACUCUGUGUACAUGGAGGCCUUUAAGCAGGAUGAGCCUCAGAAGGCUGUUGUGCCAGUACUGCAUGCAGUUUUUUCACAAAGUGUCCUUUGCUGUAGCGCUGUGGUCCCAAACCCUCAGAGAGGCAUCCAGGAGCUCAGCCCAAACAAACUAGAGGCCAUCCGAGAAUGGCUGGCGGAGAUGUACCCCAGACAUGAGCUGGAGGUGAAGGGAAAAGCUUGGGCUGAAUGUUUGGGUGUCCUGAACAGUAUCACCAAAAAGUUGAAAACCGAUACGACUCCAACCAAGACUGCCUCCUUUGAGUUGCCAUGAAGUUAACCUGGUGGAUAUAAUUAUAUUUUGAUUGAACUUUUUGUGUUAUGACACUUUCGUCUCAGGGUCAACAAUUUCUGUUAUGUUUUUGAUGCUGCUAAACUAACUUUUUCAUAGACUACUACACACAUAACUAAACAUUUUAAAUGUGAUGUGUGAAAUGAAACACAAGUGAAUGACUUUUAAGAAUUCUAUGUUUAUCUUUUUGUAUUGUCUUAAAUACAGAAGACUCGCAUGCAA